UUGACUUCUGCAUCCACAGUUCUGACUUCAACAGAUGAAAAUGUGACUUCUGACCCACUGACUUCUCAAACUACUGUUCAAUCUUCAACAUCAGAACAAUCGACUUCUGCAGUCACUGUUCUGACUUCAACAGUGGAGCCAUCGGCUUCUGCAUCAACAGUUCUGACUUCAACAGAUCAACCAUUGACUUCUGCAUCCACAGUUCUUACCUCAACAGAUGGAACAAUGACUACUGACCCAUUGACUUCUCAUACUACGGUUCAAACUUCAACAGCAGAUCAGUCGACUUCUGCAUCCACAGUUCUGUCUUCAACAGAUGGACCAUUGACUUCUGCAUCCACAGUUCUGAUUUCAACAGAUGGAACAUUGACUUCUGACCCACUGACCUCUCAAACUACAGUUCAAACCUCACCAGCAGAGCCAUCGACUCCCGCAUCCACAGUUCUGACUUCAACAGAUGGACCAUUGACUUCUGCGUCCACAAUUCUGACGACAACAGUUGGACCAUUGACUUCUGCAUCCACAAUUCAGACUUCAACAGAUGGACCAUUGACUUCUGCAUCCACAGUUCUGACUUCAACAGAUGGAACAAUGACUUCUGACCCAUUGACUUCUCAAACUACGGUUCAAACUUCAACAGCAGAGCAAUCAACUUCUGCAUCAACAUUUCUGACUUCAACGGAUGGAGGAUUGACUUCUGCAUCCACAGAUAUGACUUCAACAGAUGGACCAUUGACCUCUGCAUCCACAGUUCUGACUUCAACAGAUGUAACAUUGACUUCCGCAUCCACUGUUCAAACUUCAACAGCAGAGCCAUCGACUCCCGCAUCCACAGUUCUGGCUUCAACAGAUGGACCAUUGACUUCUGCGUCCACAAUUCUGACGACAACAGUUGGACCAUUGACUUCUGCAUCCACAGUUCUGACUUCAACAGAUGGACCAUUGACUUCUGCAUCCACAGUUUUGACUUCAACAGAUGGAACAAUGACUUCUGACCCACUGACUUCUCAAACUACUGUUCAAUCGUCAACAUCAGAACAAUCGACUUCUGUAGUCACUGUUCUGACUUCAACAGCGGAGCCAUCGACUUCUGCAUCAACAGUUCUGUCUUCAACAGAUCAACCAUUGACUUCUGCAUCCACAGUUCUGACCUCAACAGAUGGACCAUUGACUUCUGCGUCCACAAUUCUGACGACAACAGUUGGACCAUUGACUUCUGCAUCCACAGUUCAGACUUCAACAGAUGCAAAUGUGACUUCUGACCCACUGAUUUCUCAAACUACGGUUCAAACAUCAACAGCAGAGCCAUCGACUUCUGCAGUCACUGUUUUGACUUCAACAGCGGAGCCAUCGGCUUCUGCAUCAACAGUUCUGACUUCAACAGAUCAACCAUCGACUUCUGCAUCCACAGUUCUUACCUCAACAAAUGGAACAAUGACUAUUGACCCAUUGACUUCUCAUACUACGGUUCAAACUUCAACAGCAGAUCAGUCGACUUCUGCAUCAACAGUUCUGAUAUCAACGGAUGGAGGAUUGACUUCUGCAUCCACAGUUCUGACUUCAACAUAUGAAACAGUGACUUCUGACACACUGACCUCUCAAACUACUGGUCGAAUUUCCACAUCAGAGCCUUCGAAUUCUGCAUCCACAGUUCUGACUUCAACAGAUGGAACAAUGACAUCUGACCCACUGACUUCUCAAACUACUGUUCAA